AUGGCCACAUACAAGGCCCAGAUGAGUGUACAGACCAGUUGCGAAGCCACAUGGUGUCGAUUCUUCCCCACCACUCUGAAGGGGCUCGCGCUGAACUGGUUCCAAGAGCUGCCAGCCGGAAUCAUCACCGAUUUCGCGGUACUCGAGGAUAUGUUUACCCAUCAAUUUGUGGCCAGAAAGUGGCAAAAGAAGACGAGUCUACAUCUCAUGGGAGUCAAACAGGAGAAAAACGAAAGUCUAGCCGACUACAUAAAAAGGUUCAAUGAAGAAUCCUUGAAAGUAUCCGACCUCCAGGAUGUUGUUGCGUUUGCUGCUCUCAUGUCCGGAUUGCAGCCUGGCCGGCUUAGAUGGACAUUGGCAGAAAGUGAAGUCAAAACUUUUUUCGAGGCCAUGGCUAAGGCCCAGAGAUUCAUCUAA